UUAAGGCCCCCCCCCCCCCCCCCUCAAAAAUCGAUCUCAGCCCAGGUACGUUCAAAUGGGCUGAAAUUUGGAGCAUAUGUUGGGGCUGAUGUGUAGAGGCUGUGGUAAAAUUUUCAGCUCGAUAUCCUGAUGUUUGACAGAGAUAUGAACCAAGCAAGGGUCAAAAAUAGCUCAUUUGGCAAUCCAUUUUUCUCUGUCAAAGCUCAUUCAAUAUAUUUAAAUUUUUUUUUGUUUGAAAGAGCAUCUCAAGAUGCAGUGCAGUACAGAGUCCUUUUUUUAAAAUUAUUAUCUUUUAAGCGGAGAAAAGGGCUGCCAAGUUCAAUGACUCAAAAAACGCGCCAAAAAUGGUGGUCUGUUUAUAUAAGUGUUUGUAUAUAUAAUAAAAAACAAGCUUAAUUUAAAAAAAGGACUCUGUACUGCACUACAUCUUGACGUGCUCUUUCAAACAAAAAAAAUAUAUAAAUAUAUUGAAUGAGCCUGGACAGAGAAAAAUGGAUUGCGCGGUCCAGAAAGCCUAAACUGAGAAAAAACGAAAAACAUUUUUUGAAAAAAUUUUUUACCAUAUUUUAACAUUUUUAGAUACUUUUUUGGUAGAUUUGACUAGAAUAACUACUAACUGUCAUAUAUCUUUUAUAACUAUGCACAAAUAACCUUCUUUUGGCGCUUAUUGAGCUUCACUAGAUGAAUAAUUUUAUUAUUCAGGGCAUAAACAUAAUGGGCUUACUGGAAAAUAUUUUAAUGAAAUUAACUGUGAGUUAUCUCAGCCCUCUUUAUUGCAUCUUAGCCAUGUAUGUUCUCUCUCGUAUUAUCUAAUGAGUUCUCCUUGUUGGGUAGUGGCGCUAUCUUUCGUCCACUACCUCACUUUUCUUCUCUUUCUUCUAUAUUCUAUUGAUUGGUCAUCUGGAUGAUCCAUAAGGAUAUAUAUGUGGACCGAUAGUUAUUUUUUUGUUGUUGUUGUUGUUUUUUGUUUUUUUAGUAUGGAAAGAAUAAACCAGGAAAACGUGUUAGUUCACAUACUAACACUUCUCUCUUUACUAUCUUCUGGUGUAUUCUUUCUCUUUCAGCACUCUUAUAUAUAUUCACGUUGAUUUUAAGAAUAAAAUAGUUCAGUAUAUUGUAUACGCGAUAAGAUAAUACUUCUCUCUGACUAAAAAUUAGUUAGUGGUCAACUACCUUUAUAACAUAUACAGAGAGGCGUGCCAGUUUGUUGCUCACUCUAUGUAUAUGUGUAGUUUUGUUAGUGUGUUUUAAAAAAGAAAAGAAUAUAUCUAUACUUUAGUUUAAUAUUUUAUUUGUUUAGAUUAUACAUUUAUCUUUGUAUUACGGUUUUAUAUUAAAACGUGUUGGUCUCAAACAUUAUGGCUAACAAGAGAAAAACAAAACGGUAAGUGUCUCCAAUGAAACUUCUUUUUCUUAUACUAUUAGUCAAUGGAAUUAUUCUAGCCCUAAAACAAGUGAAUGUUUUUCUGGUUUAUGUAAGAAGGGAGAUAAAAAAUCUAAUUUGAAAUUCCUUUUCCUUAUAAUAAAAAAGACUUAAUACUAGACUUAGCACACGUGCCGUGACAAGACGUGUUCGUCAAAAUAUACGAUCAAUACCAGCAUCAACAUUAGAAAUUGCAUGUCAUCUUGCAAUAAUAAUAUUUAAUGAUGGAUAUUUUACAUUAGGAGAUCUUUUCAACAACAUCUGUGGUUAUCGUGGUCACUACACCGACCAAGCAAUGAUUCACUUCGACAACACUCGUCUUCAUACAGAAUCAAAAGAAAAUAAUAGAAAAAGAAGAAAAGAAGCUGGUCGUGAUGUACAAAAAAAUGUUGAUAAUGAUCAAACAAAUAGUAAUAAUGCAUCUGGUGAUGAUGAUUAUAAAACCAUAGAUAGUGAUGAAGAAGCAGAUAAUGAUUAUAAUGAAACAAAUCCCGGUGAUCAAGCAACAUUUGAAGAUAAUGAUACAACAACAGAAGGUAAUGAAUGUUCCACUGAUGAUCAUGAUUCAACAUCCAGUAGUGAUAAUUCAUCAACUGAUAAUGAUGAUAAAACAAUUCUUAGUCCUGAUACAGCAACAAAAGAAGAUGUUGAAAAGAAUGAUGAAACUAGUGAUGACGAAUAUGGUUAUUAUAAUCCAAAAGACAGAAGAAGGUGGAAAGAAGAAGAAUAA